AUGUCUAAGAGAGGUCGUGGUGGAGCUUCUGGUAACAAAUUCCGUAUGACCUUAGGUUUACCUGUUGGUGCAGUGAUGAACUGUGCUGAUAAUUUUGGAGCGAAAAAUUUAUACGUUAUCUCAGUUAAGGGUAUUCAUGCUAGAUUGAAUAGAUUACCUGCAGCUGGAGUUGGUGAUAUGGUUAUGGCAACUGUUAAAAAAGGAAAACCUGAUUUAAGAAAAAAAGUUAUGCCUGCUGUUGUUAUUAGGCAACGAAAACCUUGGAGAAGAAGAGAUGGUGUUUUUCUAUAUUUUGAAG